CAAGCAUUCAGCAGGUCUAGAGCGAGCCGGGCAGUAUAUGAGAGGCUCACAAUGCCGACUCCUCUGGAUGCCGCUCCAACUUCACCUUUCGCAUUUUCGCGAUCAGCAUGUUGCCGAAGACUCUGCUCCUGGUGCUGCAAGCACUGAGCGUUACCGCAACCUGGACAGCGUACAAGGAGUACCUCGAUAGCCUGCCAAAGAAGCUUUCCAAGAGACCAAGCCCAAGCCCACGACCGAAGAUCAGCUUCGAUAGCGUGCAGCCUUACCGACCUCUGCCGAGCGCUGGCAAAAGAACAAAGACUUGCUAUGUCAAGAGUCACGACGAUCUGAAGACGGAUGAUUCAACAUACAUUCUUGACGCGCUGAAAAAGUGCAACCACGGAGGACAUGUGGUGUUUCCCCAAGGAACGACAUACGUCAUCGGGCAGGCGUUGGACUUGACAUUCUUGGAUCAAGUCGAUCUAGAUAUCCAAGGCUACAUACAGUUCACCAAUGACACCGACUACUGGCAAGCACAAUCCUUCAAGCAAGUCUUCCAGAAUGCAACCACAUUCUUCGAACUCGGAGGUCGUGAUGUUUUCGUCUAUGGUGGCGGCAUGCUCGAUGGCAACGGCCAGGUCUGGUACGAUCUAUACGCAGCAGAUCCUCUGAUCCUCAGACCGAUCAUCUUCGGCACCGUCGGACUGAACUCCGGCAUCAUCUCGAAUCUCAAUUUGCGGUAUUCUCCGCAGUGGUACAAUUUCGUGGCGAACAGCACGGAUGUCGUCUUUGAUGGCCUCACGAUCAGCGGGUAUAGUCAGAGCUCGCACGAAGCGAAGAAUACCGAUGGAUGGGAUACGUACCGCUCUUCUAACGUCGUUAUCCAGAACUCGGUUAUCAAUAACGGAGACGAUUGCGUGUCCUUUAAACCCAACAGCACCGAGGUCCUGGUCCAAAACCUGUACUGCAAUGGCUCUCACGGCAUCUCAGUCGGCUCUCUUGGCCAGUAUCCUGGAGAAGUUGAUAUCGUGGAAGACAUCAUGGUCGUCAAUAUCAGCAUGUACAACGCAUCGGACGGAGCUCGAAUCAAAGUCUGGCCAGGUGCUUCCGCAGCCAUGUCUGUUGACCUACAAGGCGGCGGAGGUCUCGGUCGUGUCAACAGAGUCACCUACAAAGACAUGUACAUCGAGAACGUCGACUACGCCGUUGAGGUUACACAAUGCUAUGGCCAGAAGAACCUGACACUGUGCAAUGCUUUCCCAAGCAAUCUCACCAUCUCUGGGAUUGACAUCAGUGGCAUACAUGGAAAGACAAGCAAGAAAUACAACCCAUACAGCGGAUAUGUGGUUUGCAGCUCGCCGAAUGUGUGCAGCAAUAUUAGCUUGGCAGAUGUAGAUGUUGUGUCGCCAGCUGGAGCGAAGAAUUCGUUUCGAUGCGGGAAUGUGGACGAAGGCCUCUUGCAAGGGAUCAAUUGUACAGAGCUGAGCUUCUAGAGAAGCAGUCUGUUCAAAAUUCGAC